UUCCAUACUGUCUGUUGAGUUUGAGUUAGUUACGCAAUUACUGUUUGUAAACUGGUAAUCUGUAUAUAUUUAUAUUUUUUACUUUAACUUAGGCCAGUCUUUCAAAGAGUGGGAAGCUAGUUAAUCUGCUGAACAAUAAUACUAAUAGUAUUUUGGUCCAGUUACUAGGAACAAUGAGCUAAUGAUGAUACAUUUGAUAGGCUACUGCAACAGUUUAUAGCUGACAAAAGAAAUAUGGAUUUUGAAAGUCCUGAUGUUGAGAAAGACUUCCCAGGCUUGUAUGCUUCAGAAGGCAUGAUGAGGAGUCCAGAUCGAGACAGUGGUUCCAGUGAUGAUGAAAAGUUUUCCAAGAAAGACUUAAUUAUUGGAAAGAGAAAGGACAAGAAGGACAGUAAGAAAGAAAAAGGGUACAUAGCAUUUGAGGGUGAAAGCUCAGAUAGUGAAAUGGAUGAAUCACGGAGUCCAGGCAAAGGAAAGAAGUCUAAAGCUACAUUUUUUAAGAGGGAUAAAACUGCCAAAGGAAAAGAUAAAGAAGUAAAAGAAGCCAAAAAAGAGGAAGAAAGGGAAAGCAAGAAAGAAAAGGAUGUUAAAGAAAGCACAAAGAAAGACAAAGAAACAAAAGAUUCUAAAAAAAAGAAAGAAAGUAAGGUGAAACUUGGGAAAUCCAAAGAUAAAAAAAAAAAAUAUUCAGACAGUGAAAUAAGAGUAGAGAGACCUAUUUUUGGAGUCCCACUACAUGUGGCAUUGGAAAGAAAUAGAUCACAUGAUGGUAUAGAGAUUCCAGCAGUAGUUCGAGAAUGUAUUGAUUACAUUGAGGAACAUGGGUUGUCAUGUGAGGGGAUAUACCAGUUAACAGGUGUGAAAUCUAAAGUCCAACAGUUGAGAACCAAGCUAGAUCAAGGAGAAAAGGUCUACCUAUAUGAAUAUGAGCCACAUAUUGUAGCCAGUCUGUUGAAGCAGUUCUUGAGAGAACUUCCUGAACCACUUCUGACAAAUGAGCUCACUCCUAAAUUUGAAGAUGCAGCUGGUCUCAAGGAUCCUCUAAAACGUGUUGAGAUCUUGUCCCAACUGAUUGAGAAUCUUCCUACGCCAAAUCGUAUGCUUCUGUCUUACAUGUUUGUUCAUAUGUUACAUGUCAUCCAGUUGGAAAAGAGAAACAAAAUGAAUUUGCAGAAUGCAUGUAUUGUUCUAAGCUCAAGAAUGCAUAUGAGUCCCAGAAUUUUACAUGCUCUUUUUUCUCACAGUGAUGUCCUUUUUAAGCAUAUAGAAAUUAAAAAGUAUAUUCCUCCAAUAAGGCCAGAAACAUCUCGGUUAUCUUUAGAGCUCCCUGAUACUCCAGGAGCAAUAGAAGAUGAGUUAGCCAAACAAGAAGAUCUUCUUGCACAACUACACUCUGAACUUAAUGCAGGGUUGAGAAACACAAAGAAAGAAGAACAGCUGUGGGAAGUUCAGCGAGUUGUCACCCAGUUGAAGCGUAAAUUAAGGUUUCUAAAACAAGAUGACUCAACAACACAUCAUCAUGAAGCUGACAUUAAUUUGGGGCUACAAAAACUAGAGGAAGUAUCAUUUGAAAAACUAAUAAAAAAAAAGGAAACUACUGUUGAAGGACAAGAAAUUUUCUCAGAAGGACGAUCAAAGGAAGACAGUGAAAUUAAAAGUCAGGAAGUGAAAAUGUCAGAUGCAGAAUAUGUUAAUAAAAAAGAUAUUGUUGAUGUGGGUGAAAUUCUUAAAGUUUCAAUCAGACAAGAUGAGAAUAAAGUAAUCCAAGUUAAUGCUCAAGAAGCAGUCAAAUCUCAGACUAUUGGAGAUGAUCUUCAGGAAAAAGAAUCGAAUAUUAAUGUCUCUGGAGGACAGUGGGAUUAUAAAAAAGAUGGAAAGGAUGAAGUAGAUGCAGAAGAAAUGCCAGUUUCGCCUACAGUGUCAAGUGGAAACAAAGGUCCUGAAUCAUCUAUCCAUGAGGCAGUAAUUGUGAUCAGUGGAAAAAUGGAAUCAGAAAAACAAGCCAAACCUCAAGUGGAUCCAAAUGAAGAACAUCAGAAACUCAUAAAGAUGAUACAAGAAGAGCAGUAUUUAUUGGCUCAACAAGAGGAACUUUUGUUGCUUGAAGAAGAACUGAAGAGAAAGAUAAAGACAGAGCAUGUAGAAGUGGAAAGGUUAAGAGCAGAGAUUGCAGAAUGUCAUCAACUGAAUAAAUACCAUCAGUACUCAUUUGGGUCAUCUGAGAACAGUAGCUCAGAAACUGACAGCAGUAGUGAAACUGAUGAGGAGUAUUUGCAACAAAUGUUAGAAGACUUAAUAAAAGAAAAUCAGGAACUAGAGCUGAAAAAUGCAGAUGUUUGUCAGCAGAUUCAACAAGAAAGAGAAACUUGUUUAGACAUAAAGGUUCAAGUGAAACUCGUGAAUGUCCACAAACCUUCUGUUUUUUAGAUUUAACAUUUUAAUCAUACUUAUUGAAAUUAAACUUUUUGUUCAGCACUUGCAUAUUUUUUGGGAUACUACAAAUGAAUUAAUGUUUAGAAUCAUUAAUUGAUGUGAUGUAAUUAAAACAAAAGCACGAAAUGUAUUUAAAAAUCAAUAGAAUAUUUUCUCAUUAAGUGAAUAACAAUUUUUUUUUUUCUGAUAUAUUUAUCUCCUGAAAUUAUGUCAUCACACCUGCUAUUUGAGUUUAAUAUAUGUGUGCAUUUUUGUAAAAUUAGUCCUUUUUUUUCUGUACCAAAAUGUAUGGUUUUCCUGAAAAUAUUAAAAGAU